CAAUCCAAACAGCCACCAAGAUGAACUUCCUUUUGUCUCUAGUACUAGUAUAUAUAUAGAUUGACUUUGAUACAGUAACUAAAUUCCUUUUGUUUAGUCAGAAACAAUGGAAACCUUAACACUUGAAGAACAAGAAGAAGAAGAAGAAGGUGGUUCAGCAAUUGCAGCACUGGGUUCUUUGUUCAAACUCACUCAAGUUCAUCUCUUUGAUAAUUCGCAAGAAGGGAAGAUUUUGUUGGAAUCUGAGAACACUGAUGUCUACAAAAAUAAUACAUCCCCAUUAAACGAGUUUGGCUCUUUACCGGAAGAUUUGGGGCUUGCCAGACAAAUGAAUGAAAUGGGCCUUCCUAUUUCAUUCCACACUAGCAAGGAGAAGAGAAAUCGAACAGUUAAGGGAAAAGUGAAGGAUGGAAAAAAGAAGAAUCUUUCGUCGUGCGAGAAUACUCAGGAUGAAGUGCUAAAUUCAAUACCAGAGCAAACGGAAGAAUGUGAGUCUAGUGGUACUCUGCAUGGCAGCUCAAGCAAGGCUUCUUCCUGCAUGGCAAGUCUGGGACAAAAUGAAUUCUUGUGCUGCUAUUCUGGGGAUUGUGAUGUCCAUUGUGUUAAUGGUGGAGAGGAAGGUUUGAACAGUUUGUGCGCUGGUAGUUUGUGCCCUGGUAGUGCUCACAUGUCCCUUGAAUGCAUUGCUUGCGAUCAGCAAUCGGAUCUUAGUGUGGAUUAUACAAAGGACACUGUCUCCACGUGUGAAAAAGUUCAAUUGGAAAAAGAUGUUGGAGUAAUGGUUGGCUCAAGUUUGGAAUGUGGAAUUCAUGAAGAGAUCUGUCCAAUAAAUAGCAAUGUUGACAGUGGAUGGAUCAGUGGGGAGGGAUUAAAUAGUCAUUGUGAGGAAAAUAUCUUAAAUGGAGAGCAGAUAGAAUCUGUCUGUAUGGGAUCUUCUUUAACUGGAGGGAAAGUAGAGUCUAUUUCUAUGCAAACGGCUGAACAUCACACAGAAGAUGUGCUACUCUGCAAAGAUGUUGGUGAAGAGUUAAAUAGUUUUAUUACAACUAAUAAUAAUUGUGAAGGAACUAUUAAUGAUUGGAUCUUGUAUUGGGACAAUGAUUACCAAAGGAACUACUUUUAUAACAUUGUGACUUUGCAAUGUACAUGGGAUCCACCUCCAGGAAGGGACGAUCUUGUAUUUAUUAAUUAUACCGCCAAACAACCAGAAACGGCACCUGAGAUGGUGGAGUUGGAUGUUGUAGAUAUAAAAGAAGAUGAUCUCCAAACUUCUGCAAGUCUACUGCCUGACCUUGAUAUUUCAGACGAAUUUAGAGUGGAUGAUGUUUUGUUGGACAGACAGCUCAAUGAAUCGGAGGGAACUGGACAAUCUGCUGACAAUUUGUGUACUUUUAGCUCUACCAAACAGAAAAAGAGAGUCAGGAAAGCGAAAUCCAGACGGAAGUUGCCAACUGAAGCUCAAGAGCUGGAAUUCAGCAAUAUUAAUGAAGAAAUGUUUCCCAGUUUGAACAAAUAUUGGUGUCAAAGGUAUCUAUUGUUUAACAAAUAUGAUGAUGGAAUAAAGAUGGAUGGAGAAGGAUGGUUCUCAGUUACGCCAGAGGCCAUAGCCAAGCAUCAUGCACUUCGAUGUGGUUCUGGUACUAUAGUGGAUUUCUUUACUGGAGUUGGUGGGAAUUCAAUUCAAUUUGCCAAGAGGAGCAAGCAUGUCAUUGCAAUCGAUAUUGAUCCAAAGAGAAUAAACUUAGCUCAGUGUAAUGCUUCCAUCUAUGGAGUUCGUGACCAGAUAGACUUCAUUAGAGGUGAUUCUUUUGUCUUGGCUCCAAAAUUGAAGGCAGAUGUAGUCUUUAUGUCACCACCUUGGGGGGGACCAGACUAUUUGAAGGAAACAACAUUUGACAUGAAAACCAUGCUUAGGCCGCAUGAUGGGAACUUCCUCUUCUGCAUUGGCAGGGGAAUUGCCUCCAAAGUUGUUAUGUUCCUCCCCAGAAAUGUUGAUAUCAAUCAGUUGGCAGAAAUGUCACUCUCUGCAAAUCCACCAUGGUCAUUAGAGGUAGAGAAGAAUUACUUGAAUGGCAAGUUGAAGGCCAUUACAGCAUACUUCUGUAAACCCUCCUGAUAAGUUAUGGUCACGUGAAUCUUGUAAUCUCUUUUGCCAAGUGGAAUUAUGGAUACCUUCUCAAAUGGCAAGUUAGAUGCUGUUAGUCUGUGUGCCCUCCUGAUAAGGUGUGCGCGAAUGAAUCUGGUAAUUCCUUUUGCAAGUGGAAUUUAUGGAUACUUUUCUACAGAACACGUGGGGUUUGUCUUUUCUGUGGCCUUCUUCUGUAUAGUGACGUAUGUAACAAAAAUGCUCAUAUAUACUUUAUAUGGAGUGGACUGAGAGUGAUUGUUGUCAGACAGCUGAUUCCAUUGGUAUUAGCAGGAAGGGUCAGCAGAGCUCUACUAUUUGUUAGCAGGGCCAUGGAAUUCCGGCGAGUGAAUUUUUUAGUUGUCAGUCACGGCAAGGUUGCACGAGUCUUAUCCGACUAGUUCUGCAGUGUACAUAUAAGGAUCCCUUCUCUCUUGGGGUAUAAUGUGUGGCAAUUCCUAUGGUGUGGCCUACCCGUCCAUGAAGUUGGUGAAAACCACUGGAGAGCAGGGUUAAUACCAACAAAGCCUUGCACUAGGAAAUUUCUUUUCAUCUUCCCAAGGUUUGAUGGGCAGAGUUACUACAUACUUGUUAGACGGGAGGUAGCAGGUAGAAAGUUCAACAAUCUAAGUGUGCACAAACUGACCCGAACACCAACCAUAAUUCAGCAUACUGUAGCUGGCCGCUGUUUCUUGUGCUGCGAAUUAGAAGUAUAUUGAAAACUGAUUGACAGAGUAGACUUGCGAGGUAGAAAAAUGUUUCUACUAUGUGCUUUGGUGGAAUGGUGGUAAGAUGCCAUAUAGAUUGAACUAUGUAGAAAUUAUUAUACUUCCAACUUACAUCUUGUAAUUUCACUAGUACAUAUGUUAAACUAAUAUUUGGUGAUGAUGUGCAUAGUUUUGUAAUGUUCA